GCCGCCCCCGCCGUCAGGACCUGCGACAACCCUCGGUCCUGGUUCCGCUCGGGAGCCGGCUCUUCUGCAGAACGCUCCCCGGUUGGGGCUUGUCUAGUGUUUCCUCGCGAUUAAUCAUGUCCAGUUACGCGCUCCGCUGCCACGAUGUUGCUGCCACCCUCGGAGCAGGCCCUGAAUGAGCUGCUGGCUCGCAAGGAGGAGGAGUGGAGGGCGCUGCAGGCCCACCGCGCCCAGCUGCAGGAGGCUGCUCUGCAGGAUGCGCAUGCCCGGCUGGAGGAGGCCCAGGGAAGGCUGCGGCGCCUGCAGGAGGACUUCGUCUACAACCUGCAGGUGCUGGAGGAGCGGGACCGGGAGCUGGAGCGCUACGACGCUGCCUUCGCCCAGGCCCAGAGGCUGGAGGAGGCCAGGCAGGCCGAGGUGAGCGAGCUCAAGAUUGAGGCGGCCAAGCUGAGGCAGGCACUGGCCAGUGAGGCCCGGCGGCUGGAGGACCUGCAGCAGCAGCACCAGCUGAAGCUACAGGAGCACCGCCUGGAGCUGGAACGGGUCCACAGUGUCAAGAAUGGUGAGAUCGAUCACCAGCGGGAACAGUACGAAGAGCUGAAGUGGAAGCUGGAGAGGAAGCUCGAGGAGUUCGAUGGCGAGCUUGCCCUGCAGAAGCAGGAGCUGCUGCUGGAGUUUGAGUCUGAAAUGCAGAAGCGGGAGCGCGGGUUCCGGCUGCAGGCGGACAGCAUGAGCAGCGCGGUCCUGGCGCACGAGCUCAAGGUCAAGCUUCUGAGUCAGGAGCUGACAGCCCUGAGAGAAGCUGGAGCCCAGGCAGCCGAGUCUCUGCAGAGCACACAGGCCGCCAAUGUGGAGCUGGAGGGCCGGCUGCAGCACAGUGCCUGGGAGCUCAGGGACCUUGCCGCUGUGAAGGACGUCCGGAUAAAAGACCUGGAAGAUGCCCUGCAGUCUGUGCAGCUCACCCGGCAGAGGGAAGAGGCGGCCUUCAGGAGGAAACACGAGGAGCUCGACCGCAUGGCCAGGGAAAGGGACACGGCACUGGCUUCAGUGAAAGACGCCCACAGGGAGCAGCUGCAGGCACUGGAGGCCCGGGUCCUGGAGCUGCAGGCCCAGUGUGAGGCCCUGGAGCUGCAGGUCCGCAGGGCUGAGUGGAGGCAGGCGGACACCGUGAAGGAGAAGGAAACGGCCAUCGACCAGCUCCGGGAAGAGAUUUCCACUCUGAGGUCCAGCUGGGAUGCACAGGUUGCCCAGCUCUCCAAGGAGAUGACCUCCAAAGACCUGCAGGUCCAGGCCCUGCAGGAGGAAGCGGCGAAGCUCAGGGCACAGCUGGCCAGCUGCCAGCAGGACGUCAGAAGGUACCAGCGGCAGCUGUCUCUGGCAGUGGAGAGGGAGCAGGGCCUGGAGCGGGACAAGGUGCAGCUGGGCCUGGACUGGCAGCGCCGCUGUGACAGCAUCGAGCGGGACCACUACCGGAAGUCCGAGGAGCUGAUUCAGGGCCUGGCCGCAGCCAGGGAGCAGGCGGCUGCCAAGCUCCAGGAGACGGAGCGAAGGCUGUGUGAGCAGGAAGUGGUGCUGAAGGCCCUGACCCUGGAGAGGGACCAGGCCCUGCAGGCCCUGAGGACCCACAGGCCCCUCCCCGAGCAGGAGGUGCAGACGCUCCCAAGGGGUCAGGAGGAAGGAAUGAGCACGUGUUUCCCGCCUGGUGAGAUCCAGCGGCUGCAGGAGCAGAACACGAACCUGCGUAGGGCAGUCACGCAGAUGAGGGCGGAGAUGGAGGCUCUGAGCCGGCAGGCCCUUCCCUCUGCCCCGCCUGGAGGAGGUGCUGCGAGCUCACCCCGGCCUGGCACACAGGCAGCCGACACCGAGGCUCCUGACUACGUUCUGGCCCUUGAAGCAGAAAUACGAAACCUAAAGGGUAAAUUUAAAACAUUGGAAGAGCAGCUGGGAGAUGUGCUGGAUUCUUCAAAGAUGCCCUUGUCUCAUGUCAGCGUCCAGCCCAGCGUCUGCCCCGCAGCGGAAGCCCCCGGAGGAGCCACGCCAGCUGAUGGCACGUCCAUGGGGCUGGCGCUCAGGCGGCUGGGAGACAGGGCACGUCUGUUGAACUUCCUGGUGGCCCGGCUCAGAGGGAAGGUGCUGCAGGAGCCCCUGCAGGUGGACACCGUCCGGCACGAACUUCCCCAUGAGGUGGACCAGGUGCACCUGGAGGUGAGAGAGCUGCGGAGGCAGGUGUCUGAGCUGGAGAAGCAUCUUGGGACAGUGCAAAGAGAAGGCAGGGGGCCUCUGGGUAGGCAGCCGCUGCAGGCUCCGGACACCGUGGCCCUCGGGGGACAGGGCCUGGCAGCCGGGGGACCCGCAGGAAUGGAGGGCCCAGGGGGACAGGCCCCAUCUGUGCAGCUGCUCCAGAGGAAGCUGAAGGAGGCGGCCCGGACGGUCCUGCACCUGCGGCUGGAGAAGGAGCAGCUGCUGGAGCUGGGGAACCGGCUCCGUGCCGAGCUGGGCCGGCCUGCAGGGAAACCGCGUCACCCCCUCCCCAGCCCUGGGGCCCAGAACCCAGACUCGAGGCCGGCGGCACCCUUGGAGCGGGGCCCACCUCUGGGGCAGCUGCAACACCACCUCACUCAGGACUCUAAGAACUCGGAGGAGGAACCUUUCUCCACCUGCUCGGGGAAGAUCCAGCCCCAUGUGGCACCGCCAGUCCGCAGACAGGAUGCUCGGCAAGGCUGCGGGGCAGCCACCAAGAGGCCGGGGCAGAAGCAGCACAGAGUCUCCUCUGUGACUUGCAUGUCAGCUCGUCAAAAAGAAAACCGGUCCCCGAAGCCACCGCAGGUUCAUGAACUCCGCCAGGACAGUGGCCACCACACCCAAAGGUCCUCGUCACUGGGCAGCAGUUCCCUCCAGGACACGUGGAAGCUACUGGAACUGGGAUCCAGCCCAUCUGGCCUCACCUCCCAGGACGACUCAGCCCCCGAGCUCACAGCACCUCCAGCAGCUGACAGCCAACGACACCCUGAUGGGAGCCCCGUGGAGAUGCCGGCCCCCUUUAACAUCAGAGGGAUGAAGAUAGAAGCCCAGGCCAAGGCCAAGCCCGCCAGACCCUCCAGGGCUCACCCUGCAAAACCUAAAGGCUGCCAGCAGCCCCCUAAGAUCCGGAACUACAACCUUAAGGACUGACUUCCUUGGCUGCUCCACCCCACCCCUCCCUCCCUGUUGGCUUUGGGGGCCUGUGCUUUCAUCUCCACAGUAGGGGGGUGUGUGCUCACCUUGGGGGGCUGUGAGCUGCAGUGCAGGCUCCCCAGUGCUGCUGGGGUGCCUCACAGACUGAGUGCAGAGCCCAUUAAAGCUGUGCUGACCUGG